ACGCGACAACCGACCGCGAAGUGAAGCCAAGCCGAGCGCGAGUCGGGUGGCGGAGCACCGACACGCACAACGUCCAAUACACGCCCAACGCCGCCCACAACGAUGGCGACCCUUCAAGGCCAGGGCCCACCGCAGCCCCAGCAGGCGCCGUCCUUUCGCCCCGCACAGCAGCAGCAACAGCCGAUGAUAACCAGAGAGCGCUUUCAGUCUCUUGUAACCCGCGCACAACAGCUCAAAGCGCGGGGAUACACGCCUGAGACCUCCCCCGAGCUCGACAAGAUAGUCAAAUUCCUUACUACCGUGCACAACGCCCAGGCUCAGAAUGCCGCAGCCGCCGCGCACGCUGUUCCCAACGGGCAUGCUGCCCUCCCCAACGGCACCCCGCUUCCUAACGGUGCUGCCAACCCUCUUCUUGGGGCACUGAACGGCGCCGACGGCGUCUCCGCCCCUAUCGCGCCCUCACCCGCCACGCCCGUCUCCUUCACGCCCGAUCAGAUGAACACCCUUCGCGCGCAGAUCCAAGCGUUCAAAUUUGUAUCCAAGGGCCUUCCAGUUCCACCCGAGUACCAGGUCGCGAUCCACGGACCGAGAGGCAUCGCUGAGCUGGAGCGCCAGUCCCAGCCCCAUGCAUUGUCGGACAAGAUCGUCGACGCGGCCGCGAAGCUGCACAAGGCUUCCUCCUCUACGCCCCGGUUACCCUCUGCCACCCCCGCACCCGAGGUCAAAACCGAAGAUGUCGCCGAGCCCCAGAUCGACGUCGACCCGUCGACGCUCCCGAAGGGCCCCUUCUUGGAAGACAAGGUCGACAGCGGCAUCUACCCCUACAACGCCUACGUUCACCCCUUCACGCACCUCACCCUCCCCGCGGGCAUGGACCCCGCCCAGUUCGCGACGCGUAUGCAGCGCCUGCUUGUACCGAGCAUCAUGCCUCACGGUCUUGAUCCGCACCAGCUCCUCGCCGAGCGCAACCGGUUCAUCGACGCGCGCAUCCAGCAACGCAUCGACGAGCUCGAGGGGCUGCCCUCGACCAUGGGCGACGGCGGACUCGAGCCCGUCCCGGACGACGCCCAGAACAACAAGGAGAACGCCAAGGACGCCGGCCUCUCCGCGCUCGUCUUCCCCUCCGCGAGCGCGCACGGCAAGCUCCGCGCCACGAUCGAACUCAAGGGGCUGCGCGUGCUCGACAAACAGCGCGAGCUGCGCGCCCUCGUCGCCGCGCGCCUCGCGCACGGUACGCUCCUCCCGCUCGAUCGCGCCGAGUUCCGGCGCGCGCGCCGGCCAACGGCCCGCGACGUGCGUACCACCGAGCAGGCUGAGCGCCGACAAAGGCUCGACCGCGAGCGGCGCGUGAAGCAGAAGCACGUCGCGCAGCUCGGCGUGAUCUGCGCGCAUGGACGGGAGGUGCUCGCGGCAGGGCGGGCGGCGCAGGACAGGGCGGUGCGCCUCGGGCGCGCCGUGCAGGCCUUCCACGCGCACGCGGAGAAGGAGGAGCAGAAGCGGAUCGAGCGGAUCAGCAAGGAGCGUUUGAAGGCGCUCAAGGCGGACGACGAGGAGGCGUACAUGAAGCUUAUCGACACCGCCAAGGACCACCGGAUUACGCACUUGCUCAAGCAGACGGACUCGUACCUCGACAGCUUGGCGCAGGCGGUUAUGGCGCAGCAGGCGGAGGGCGGCGUGCCCGCGUACGCCGGAGACGGGCUCGAUGCGGAGGGCACGAACGAGGCUACGUUUGGCGCGCAGGUGGCCGAGUACGAUGAGCCGUCUGCGGGCGAGGGGAAGAAGAUUGAUUACUACGCGGUCGCGCAUCGGAUCAAGGAGAAGGUUACGCAGCAGCCGAGUAUACUUGUGGGUGGAACCUUGAAGGAGUACCAGAUCAAGGGUCUGCAGUGGAUGGUCAGCUUGUACAACAACAAGCUCAACGGUAUCCUGGCCGACGAGAUGGGUCUCGGCAAGACGAUCCAGACGAUUUCCCUCAUCACCUUCCUCAUCGAGGUCAAGAAGCAGCGCGGACCGUACCUCGUCAUCGUCCCGCUUUCGACGAUGACCAACUGGUCGGGCGAGUUCGCCAAGUGGGCGCCUAGCGUGAAGAUGAUCAGCUACAAGGGCAAUCCCGCGCAGCGGCGCGCGCUGCAGAACGAGAUUCGGAUGGGUCAAUUCCAAGUGCUGCUGACGACGUACGAGUACAUCAUCAAGGAUAGGCCGAUACUUAGCAAGAUCAAGUGGGUGCACAUGAUCAUCGACGAGGGCCACCGGAUGAAGAACACGCAGAGCAAGCUUGCCGUCACGCUCACGACGUACUACCACUCGCGCUACCGCCUCAUCUUGACCGGCACUCCGCUUCAGAAUAACCUUCCCGAGCUCUGGGCCUUGCUCAACUUCGUCUUGCCCAAAGUCUUCAACUCGGUCAAGUCGUUCGACGAAUGGUUCAACACGCCGUUCGCCAACUCAGGCACGGGCGACAAGAUCGAGCUGAACGAAGAAGAGGCGCUGCUCAUCAUUCGUCGCCUGCAUAAGGUGUUACGGCCGUUCUUGCUGCGUCGACUGAAGAAGGACGUGGAGAGCGAGCUGCCGGACAAGGUGGAGAAGGUGAUCAAGGUGAAGAUGAGCGCGCUCCAGAGCCAGCUGUACAAGCAGAUGAAGAAGUACAAGAUGAUCGCGGACGGGAACGACGCGAAGGGCAAAGGCGGUGGUGUGAAGGGUCUCAGCAACGAGCUUAUGCAGCUCCGCAAGAUCUGCCAGCAUCCUUUCCUGUUCGAGUCUGUUGAGGACAAGCUCAACCCGACCGGCCAGAUCAACGAUUCGCUUAUCCGCACUUCGGGCAAGAUCGAGCUCCUCGCGCGCAUCUUACCCAAGCUCUUCGCGACGGGACAUCGCGUCCUUAUCUUCUUCCAGAUGACAAAGGUGAUGGACAUCAUGGAGGACUUCUUGCGCUACAUGGGCUGGAAACAUCUCCGUCUCGAUGGUGGUACCAAGACCGAGGAGCGCGCGGGCCACGUCGCCAAGUUCAACGCGCCGAAUUCGGAAUACCUGGUCUUCAUCCUCUCCACCCGCGCCGGUGGUCUCGGGCUCAACCUCCAGAGCGCGGACACCGUCAUCAUCUUCGAUUCGGACUGGAAUCCGCAUGCGGAUCUGCAGGCGCAGGAUCGUGCGCAUCGGAUUGGGCAGACGAAGGCGGUUCGCAUCCUCCGGUUCAUCACGGAGAAGAGCGUGGAGGAGGCCAUGUACGCGCGCGCGCGGUACAAGCUCGACAUCGACGACAAGGUUAUCCAAGCCGGUCGCUUCGAUAACAAGUCGACGCAGGAAGAGCAGGAAGAGUUUUUGCGAUCCAUUCUCGAAGCCGAUCAGGAGGAAGAGAAUGAGGAGGCGGGCGACAUGAACGACGACGAAAUCAACGAGAUCAUAGCUCGUACCGAUGACGAGACGAUCAUCUUCCGGGACAUGGACAUCAAACGCGAGCGGGAGGCCGCCGAGGCGUGGCGCGCGGCCGGCCACCGCGGCAAGCCGCCGCCGGGUCUCAUCACACUCGAGGAGCUCCCGGAAUGCUACCAGACUGACGCGCCGUUCGAGGCGAAGGAGAUCGAAGAGGAGAUGGAAGGCCGCGGCGGGCGCAAGCGGACUGUCGUCAACUACAACGACGGGCUGAGCGACGAGCAGUGGGCAAUGGCGCUCGAGGAAGGUGUGGACUUGGAUGAGCUCAUCGAACGUAAUCGCAAGGCGCAGGUCGAGGUGGGAUCUCCGCCGCCUGCGCCGAGCCCGGCUCCUCGUGGGCGUCCCAAGGGUCGCAAGAACAAACCAAAGGUGCCGGAGCCGGAGUUCGAGGUACCGCUCAGCGGAAAACGCAAGCGCGGCAAGCCCCAGUCUGUCACGCCCUCGAUCAACGGCGAUGAGGAGGAGGGUCCUGGCACGAAACGCCGGAAGACAAAGGCAGAGGAGGUGCCUCCUCCCGUCCGGGAGAAGAUGAAGAAAGCGUUCGCUGAGUGUCACAAGGCUGUUCUGGCUUGCGAAGAUGAGGUUGGACGGAGGCGCUGUGAGCUGUUCAAGGAGCUCCCUGAUAGAAAGGACUACCCGGACUACUACCAGCUUAUCAAGACGCCGAUCGCGCUCAGUCACCUCCGAAAGCGCGCCCAGAGUAACUAUUACAGGGACGUGAUCCAGUACCGGGACGACUUCAAACUCAUGGUGCGGAACGCGAAGACGUACAACCAGGAAGGAUCCUGGGUGUAUAUCGAUGCGGAGGAGAUGGAGCGCGUGUUCGAUGCGACGUUUGAGCGCGUUAUGACGGGCUCGGGCUUGCCUGGUGCCCCUGUCGGCGCACCCGCUGCGGCUCCUACGCCAUAUUCCGCGGCCCCGACGCCCAUGGAAGAGGACGACCGAGUGGUUUCGGGGCCCAGCAGGAGAUCCGGGUCCCGUCGGGCGGUGCCCAGUGACGAUGAGUAUUUGACGCCUUCGGAUGAUGAGUAGACCGUUACGUUGGUUCGUUGUUUUGUUGUUCCUGCCUUGUCUUCUUGUAUAUUAUCGUUCUGUAACAGUGUUUUCGGAAGCUACUUCUUCGAGUGGCUCGCCACUUC